CUUCGGUACUCCAUUCUUCCAAUGAGACACAGGAGGCGGAACAUAGUCGUAGUACUGUCAAAAUGGCGCAUGUUGUUGUUUUGCCGCAGGGUCAGUGAAUUUUCAAAUUCGUCAUUUCAGUAAUUUGUUGCGAAGCAUUGCAAAAACAACAUCGUGAAAACUUUAGUCGUUCUAAGUUCUCUGCAAGGUGGACUGAAAUGAAAGGAAAAGAAAGGUCGCCGAUAAAAAAGCGCUCACGGGCCCUGGAUGAUAUCCGAGACAGGGGAGGAGGCCAUCUAACCAGCAAGAAAAUGGGGGCUAUCUCAGUUUCCAGUGGGAGUAAUAAUGGGAAUACCUCUACGAAAAGUGACGGAGGAUCCACGAGAAGGAGCUUAAUCGGCGAAAAGAGAGACAGGGAUUUUGACGGACAUGUAUCUACUCGAACUGGAAAUAAUCAUAGUUAUCCAAAUGCAGCUGCUAGCUCUCUAGGUAAGAAUCACAAUCUAAACCUGACGCUCGAUUUAGCCACGCCAAGGACCAAUUCACGCGGAGAGCAAAGAGCUCAGCCUCCCAUAAACGAAAGUGAGUACAAAACAUUAAAAAUCAGCGAACUUGGCACCCAGCUGAGCGAUGAAGACAUAGAAGAUGGCCUUUUUCACGAAUUCAAAAAAUUUGGGGACGUGAGUGUCAAAAUAAGCCGAAGUAACGACGAAAGAAUAGCAUUUGUUAACUUCAGAAAGCCAGAGGAUGCCAGAGCUGCGAAACACGCGCGGGGGAGGUUAGUCCUUUAUGACCGGCCUUUAAAAAUUGAAGCGGUGUACAUUAACAGGCGGAGAAGCCGUUCUCCAGUUGAAAGAGACCCAUAUGUUACACCUCCAGGCCACAGGCAUUUGCACACACAGAGACCUCUUUCCCCAACUGGACUUGGAUAUAGAGACUACCGGCUCCAGCAGCUGGCCCUCGGGCGACUUCCUCCUCCCCCGCCUCCCCCUUUACCGAGAGACUUGGAACGGGAGAGGGAGUUUGCUCUCUUUGAAGCAAGGGCGCGCCCAGCGUUUAUAGCAGAGCGAGCCGCUUUUCGUGAAGAGGAUUUUAUAUCCCCUGAAGAUGACCAAAGAGCCAAUAGAACAUUGUUUUUGGGCAACUUGGACAUAACAGUUACAGAGGCUGACUUGAGGAGAGCAUUUGACAGGUUUGGGGUCAUAACCGAGGUGGAUAUAAAGAGACCUACCCGUGGGCAAACCAGCACAUAUGGGUUUCUGAAAUUUGAAAACCUUGAUAUGGCCCACCAUGCCAAGCUUACCAUGUCUGGCAAAAUAGUCGGCCGCAACCCCAUCAAGAUUGGAUAUGGUAAAGCAACCCCCACUACACGGUUGUGGGUUGGGGGACUUGGCCCUUGGGUCCCCCUUGCAGCUUUGGCAAGAGAGUUUGAUCGCUUCGGUACCAUAAGGACCAUUGACUACCGAAAGGGGGAUACCUGGGCCUACAUCCAGUAUGAGAGCCUGGACGCUGCUCAAGCAGCGUGUACACACAUGCGUGGCUUUCCACUGGGGGGCCCAGAGAGAAGACUAAGGGUGGACUUCGCGGACACCGAACACCGCUACCAGCAGCAGUUCCUGCAGCCUUUACCCCUUCCACCGUUCGACAUGGUGGCCGAAUCAUUUGUCCACCGCGCCACCCCUGAGCCCCUGAGGGUCAGGGAGAGGACUCCACCGCCUCUGCACUUCCGAGAGAGGGAGCUGUUCCCCGGAGCGGAGUGGCCCAAUCCCGCCCUCCGCGAGCGGGUGCGAGCCACCACUUUCGAACCUCUGGAGCACUUUGAGCGCGAGCGGCGUCCUCGGGAGCCGUGGUCGCUGGAAGGGGAUCUGCAGGGCCGCGACCCGGUGCGGAAACGCCACAUCAUGGACGACGGACGCCACCUGGAGUGUUCUCCCGACAGCACGGAGCGGACCGUUCGACGGCGACGGCCCUCCCCGGAGGGCAGCCCCGGGGGCAGCAGCAGGGAGGGGGGCCGCUUCAGUGACUCAGAACGGCCCCCGAGGAGCGACCGAGCGUCCCCGGCGCGCGAGCGUCACAACAGCCUGGAGCGAGGGGUGGAGAGGAGAACGAAGGGCCAGGGUCUCUCUGACAGGGGACCCUCCAGCAGCGGCGUCUUGGCCGGAGAACGCAAGCGAAAAGCGGGCGACGGCAGCAAAGGGCUGGCCAAGAGAGAGCGUUCAGAGCAGGGCUGCUCUAAGGGAGGCCUGUCAUCCAAGCAGGAGAGCAGCAAGCUGAGCUUGGCCUGGCAGGGCAUGCUGCUCCUGAAGAACAGCAACUUCCCCGCCAACAUGCACCUUCUGGAGGGCGACCAGGGCGUGGCCGGCGACCUGCUCGUCGACGGCAUGACGGGGAGGCAGGUGAGCGAGCUGAAGAUCACCCAGCGCCUGCGUCUGGACCAGCCCAAACUGGAUGAGGUGUCUCGGCGCAUCAAAGUGGCGGGCCCCGGCGGCUACGCCAUCCUCCUGGCGGUACCCGGGAGCACGGAGGAGGUGUCGUCUUCCGACCCUGCGGCGUCCACCCAACGGCCGCUUCGCAACCUGGUCUCCUACCUAAAACAAAAGCAGGCGGCCGGUGUCAUCAGCCUGCCUGUAGGGGGCAGCAGAGAUAAAGACCAUGCAGGGGUUCUCCACGCUUUCCCUCCCUGUGAUUUCUCCCAGCAGUUCUUAGAUUCCCCGGCCAAAACUCUGGCUAAAACUGAGGAGGACUACCUCGUGAUGAUUGUAGUCCGUGGGGCAUCUUAACAAUCAGAAACAAAAGCAAACAACUAAUGUUGGAAAGUUAGAAAAAGCUCUUUGUCUGUAACUAUAGCAUGCUGUGUGUGAUCUGCAUCGGGAUAGUAUAGUCUGGGGCUAGUAUGGGAGUGUUUGUGUUCCUAUAAUUUUCACCAAAAACAAGUUUCAAAGUUUUUAAGAAUGUGUCAUUGGGGUACCCUGUUUUAUAAAGGGUAUGCUAAUUUCAAGCUAAUGUUAAGCAGGUAGCAUUAGGCCUAUUCAUCAGGAGCAUUCAGAUAUGUAAAUCAGUUGAAUAGAAUGAGGAAGAAUAGGAAUAAAAUAAAAGUUAAAAUUAUGUACAAAUGAACCUUUUUGGUUUUCAACAAUGAAAACAAACCACUGUGAGUAGUCCCAUUGCAAAAUAUUCACCUUAUUGGCCAUCUGUAGUGGUAGUGUACAGCCUACAGACAUGGUUUAUGCUUAAUACAAUCAUUUGAGAAAAUAUUUGCCACUAGACUACAAGUCUUGAACUAUCAGUCUUGUCUGUUGAAAUAGGUAAAUAUUAGUAAGCCUUGAACCCUGUCAUUGUAUGGGCUUAACAUGUUCAACAUACAUCUGUAUCUCUUAUAAAGUGUUUUGUGCAGGUAACAUGCACUUAUCCUAAUAUUGUUGGGGAAAAAUACAACAGGUUAUUGAUAAACCGUAUUUCCCAAAUAUUUCCUCUUUUUCUGUACAACUAGUCGUACAUGGAAAUGAUCUCAUAUUGGUAACACAGUCCAAGCACAGAUGCAGCCCUUUCAUGUAUUGGUAGAGCCUAGUUCGGCCUAUGUGUGUAAUUGUUAAGAACUACUGCAGUGUCUUGAGACUAUACAAGACAGGAUUUUCUGAACAACACUACAGAAUGGAUUAAUUCCAAAUGAUGUUAUUACCACGUUCUGCUUGCUACAAUUUGGCAGCAAAAACAAAUUCAGAUGAGGUUACACGAUCUGCUGAAGUUUUUCAAGAAAAUAUUCUAAAUAUUGAUAUGGAUUUCUUUGCUAGUUUCGGCCCUAGAUGCCGCAGACAAGGCAAGAGAAAGAAAAACCAGACAUUGUUUCAUUAGAAUUGGAAUUCAUAACUUGAUUAUAAUGUUAUUGUCAUACAUGCUACCUUACCCCCUAAAAUCGUAGUUUAAUGUGACCAAUUCUGUUUCGUGAUAAAAUGACUGUAAAGCAGUGUACUGAUAUUUCUACUGUUAAUGUUAUUAGGUUAAUGAUGCAUCGUAAAUGUCAGAAUAGUAGAAUUUUUAAAGCUAAUUCCGAUGUAGAGAAUAUACCUACUGUAUGCACUAACCGUAAAUAUAAUGGUUUCUUUUUGCCAUCCAUAUGUACAUUAAGGGCAACUAAAAUUGUAUUUGUUACA